AUUCUUUUUAUAUAAAGUAAGAGUCUAUAUGGAAGUAUAACUACAUAACUCUCUAGAGUCUUAGUUCUAGAGUUGUUAUAGAAAUAUAAUUCCUUUUAAAAGCGGGGUGUGGGUAAAAAAACACGUGUAACACGUGCCAAGAGUUACGGAUCCAUCCCGAUCUAGCGCAAAACCGAACCUCAAUCGGCAGGGUGGCAUAAAUAUCAAAUGUACAAAGAAACAGUUUUCAUAAUAGCACGCAGAUUCCAUCAACCCGCCUCUGGGAUCUUUCCUCGCACAAUAAUAUAACACUCCGAGCACCCCAGCAUGACGUUACCAUCAUGUCCGCUUUGGAUAGCAGGUGAGGAGCGCAUUACGCGACUCGGUGAACAAAUACCAGUCGAAGAUCCAGCAACCGGAGAUAUUAUAGCUUCCUGUAAUGGAGCAUCCUCGGAAGACGUCAACGAGGCUGUGAGAGUUGCGCACGAAUGUUUCAAGUCAGGUAUCUGGUCGAAAUCGUCGCGGGACCAUAGAGCUCAAGUGCUUGAGCGGGCUGCAGAUCUCUUGAAUCAACGUCUGCCCAGUCUGAUCUUACUUGAGUCAAGACAAACUGGUAGAGCCAUUCGUGAGAUGAAAGCGCAAGUUCCAUCUCUGGUGCGAUGGUUCAAAUACUACGCAGCAUUAAUUAAGACCGAAGAGCGUUCUGUCCUGCCCACCACCGGGAAGUUACACAACUGGAUCGACAGAAAGCCCCUUGGCGUUGUCGCCCAGAUCGCGCCCUUCAACCAUCCAUUACUAAUCGCUGUGAAGAAGAUUGCCCCGGCUUUAGCGGCAGGCAAUAGUGUCAUUCUGAAACCAUCCGAACUCACUCCUCUGACCUCAAUCGAACUUGGAAAGAUACUGCAAGAGGCUGGUCUGCCACAUGGUGCAUUCUCUGUACUUACAGGCUAUGGUCAUACCACUGGAAAAGCACUUGUUGAGCACCCACUCAUCAAAAAAGUAGACAUUACAGGUGGAACUCCAGCUGGGCGCAUGGUAGGUGCCAUCGCCGGUCGUAAUCUGGCAUCAUUCACUGCUGAGCUCGGCGGUAAGGCACCAGUUGUGAUCUUUGAAAAGGCCGAUAUAGAUACGGCAGUGAACGGUAUAGUUUUCGCGUCGUUUAUUGCCUCUGGUCAAACCUGCAUUGCUGCUACUCGUAUUCUUGUCGAGAAAACCAUUUUGAAAGAAGUGCUCAGCAAGCUCAAGACGAAGACAAGGUCAAUUGCCCAACGUAUAGGCUCACCUCAAAACCCAGAAUCGACAAUGGGGCCGUUAAUUUCAGCAAAACAGCUUUCCAUUGUGGAAGACCUCGUUGAUGACGCUGUGCGGAAUGGUGUUUCAGUUAUAGCUGGGGCAAAGAGACUGUCCGGGACGUCUGAACUUGAUGGAACGGACUUUUCAAAAGGUUAUUUUUACCCACCAACGAUACUUACAGAUAGUAUAAGUUGUAACAUUGUCGACACCCGCAUUUGGAGGGAAGAGGCAUUUGGACCCGUGAUUGUUGUCAUUGGGUUCGAAGGGGAGGAAGAGGCGCUCAGGCUUGCGAACGAUAGCGAGUUUGGCCUGGGGGCUGCUAUCUGGACUGAAGAUUUAUCCCAAGCUUUCCGCUUAUCAAACGACAUCGACGCAGGUAUCUGCUGGAUUAAUACGCACCAUCGGAACGAUCCAAGCAGCCCUUGGGGCGGGGUUAAGAACUCGGGUGUGGGUGUUGAGAAUGGUGUUGAUGCAUACCAUGCCUAUACCACAACCAAAAGUACUAUUAUCAACUACGCGACUACGGUUGAAAGACUCUCUUCAGAUGACUGGUUCAGCGAAGCGAAAGCAGAAGCACGGUAUGGCUAAUUAAAGACCAAGAUACAAAUACGAUUGGACACAUGCCAGGCGCCACUCAUGUACAUCCACUAAUAGGUCUCUGUCAUUUACCCUGAAUCAUUACAUACGUUGCACGGAAC